AUGCCUCGGGUGACACGAAGCCUACAUCAAUUUCGAACAUUCCCUAAGAUGAAGUCGUCGUUGAUAGCUACAGGACUUUUGGCAGUCCUAGCCAGAGGUCAGCAACCACAAUACCCUCCUGCCUUUCCGUUGCAGCCGUCUUUGGCAUCCUCGUACAACAAUGCUCCGAGUGUUCUGCCGAACAUACUCGAUACCAGUGCUCCGAAUGCACAGAACGUCUGCCCGGGUUACAAAGCGUCCAACGUCCAGCAAAGCAGUUCGGGUCUCCAAGCCGACUUGAUCUUGGCCGGCACACCAUGCAAUGUCUAUGGAAAUGACAUUCAAAGUCUUGUCCUCUCUGUCCAAUACCAAAGCAAGAGUAGACUCGCUGUGAGCAUCGUUCCCAAGUAUCUCGCACCACACAAUGAGUCGCUCUAUCUACUCAGUGAGCAAUUCACACCAAGACCCGGAGCCGAAGAUGGCUCCAGUAACACCACUAGCGACCUAACCUUCUCCUGGACCAACGAUCCUAGCUUUCAGUUUGAAGUAUCUCGAGUCAGCUCAGGCGAGACGAUCUUCAGCACCUAUGGUAAGAAGAUUGUCUUCGAGGACCAGUUCCUCGAGCUCGUCACCUCAAUGGUUCCGGACUACAACGUAUAUGGACUGGCUGAAUCUUUCCACUCUUUCAGACUGGGCAACAACUACACUCAGACUUUCUGGAAUGCAUACAAUCUAGACAACGACCAAUUGCCUGAUGUCAAUGGACACAGCACGCACCCUAUGUACCUGGAGACCAGGUACGGCAACGGGUCGUCUACCUCUCACGGUGUAUACGCACGCAAUGCUCAUGGACAGGAGUGGCUCUUGAGAGAAGACGCUGUCACAUACCGCACCAUCGGUGGCAGCUUUGAUCUGUACUUCCUAAGUGGUCCCGAUCCCAAGGAAGUCAUCAGCCAAUACCAAGUUGGAAUCAUCAACACGCCUGUGAUGCAAAGUUACUGGUCGCUUGGUUUCCAUCAAUGCCGCUGGGGCUACUUGAACUGGACCAACCUCCGAGACGUGGUUGAGUUGUACGCUGAGCAAGGCAUUCAACUCGAAGGCAUCAUGAACGAUCUUGACUACCUCAACUUGAACCGCAUCUUCACCAAUAAUGCGAACUACCCUGUCGAUGAGGGCAAGGAGUUCUUGGACUGGCUGCACUCACGAGGUCAAUACUACCUGCCCAUACUGGAUCCGAACGUCUAUGCUCCUGAUCCAACCAAUGCUAGUGAUGCAUAUGCACCUUAUGACCGUGGUGUCGAGCUUGAUGUCUUCAUCAGAAAUGGCAACGACAGUUUGUACUACGGCGCUGAAUGGAACGGAUUCAGUGUCUGGCCCGAUUUCACGGUCCCACAAACCCAGCAGUUCUGGACAGAGCAAAUGGCCGAGUACCGCAAGAAGUUGGCAUUCGAUGGGUUCUGGCUCGAUGUUAGUGACCCUACCUCCUGGUGCACUGGAAGCUGUGGCCAAUACCAGCGAAGUCUGAACCCUGUCCAUGUUCCUUUCGCACUGCCCGGAGACCCGAACACGAGCAUUGCUGUCGACUUCAGAUACCCAGAGAUGUUCAACGUCACGAAUGCCACCGAAGCUGCUUCAGCUAUGGCGGCAAGAGCAUCGCAGAUGUCCGCUUACCCGUCGAUGACACUGGCACCUUCACCUGUAUUAGGACGUACCCUCGCCACACCUGGUGUCCGUAAUGUCAACUUCCCUCCCUAUGCCAUCAACAACUUUUUGUCCGGUCACAGUCUGUUAAAGCAAGUCAUUGCACCUAAUGCUACUCAUCUUGACGGACCGUACAACAGCACUGAGUACGAGUUGCACAACUUGUAUGGCCAUCUCAGUGGCAAUGCCACCUACAACGCGCUUGUUGAGGUUUACGAUGGCAAGAGGCCUUGGUUCAUCUCUCGAAGCACGUUUGCCGGAAGUGGAAGCUUUGCCGGUCACUGGGGUGGCGACACAAACUCAAACUGGGGAGACAUGUACUUUGGUAUCUCGCAAGCACUGCAGAUGUCCAUCGCUGGUAUUCCUUAUUUCGGCGUCGAGACUUGUGGUUUCAAUGGCAAUGCAGACAUGGAGUUGUGUACACGCUGGAUGCAACUCAGCGCUUGGUUCCCUAUGUACCGCAACCAUAAUAACCGCAACACCAUCGCUCAAGAGGCGUACAGAUGGUCAACCACAGCAGAAUCCACUCGACGCAUCAUGAACAUCCGUUACUCGCUGCUUCCAUACACAUACACUCUGUUCCACAAGGCAAACAAAGCCGGGGAGACGGUCUUAAGAGCUCUGGCUUGGGAGUUCCCAGAGGACGCCUCACUCAGAGCUAUUGACAACCAGUUCAUGAGUGGUCCAGCGUUGCUGGUCACACCAGUCCUGGCACCCCUUGCAACAUCAGUCCAAGGUGUCUUCCCUGGUAUCGCUAGCGGAACCAUUUGGUACGACUGGUACACUUUGCAGAAGGUCGAUGUCGCCGCAGGCGAGAACAAGACAUUGAGUGCACCGAUCGAGCACCAGCCUAUUUCUGUCAGAGGCGGCUACAUCAUUCCUAUUCAGAAGGCAGGCAAUACUACUACGACUUCUAGGAAGAGCCCCUGGAGUUUGCUCAUCGCCCUUGACAAGGAUGGCAAGGCAAGUGGAGAGCUCUACCUUGAUGACGGCAUCAACAUUAUCCAGAACGCAACCAAGAACGUCGAUAUCGACUUUUCAAAUGGUAUGCUGUCUACCAAGGUGACAGGCGCUUUCCAGGAUGGCAUUCCCCUUGCAAACAUCACGAUUGCUGGCGCUUCCGCUCUUCCCAAGGACAUCAACCUCCACAUCGAUGGCGCAGCGUGCGAGACUUCGAUCAUCGAGGUCAAGGCAGGUGGCAAUGUAACUUACAUCACUGGCCUCGAAGGUGUGACUACAGCUGGAGCAUGGCAAAGCGAUAUGACGCUCAAGUUGGUUUACUAG